GCCCGCGCUGAGCCCUGCUCGCCGCCGGGAGGGCGGGGCGCGCACAGCCCGCUGUGAGGCUUCGGGCCCGCCGCCGUCUCUGUCUGCUCGUGUGCUCUCCGGCUUCUUUGCGGGGGGAAAAAACACCAAAACCCUCACAUAAAAUGAUGAAUCGCCGCAGUUCAUGGGUGGUGUUUGAGGAGAAGCCUGGCGCUUGGCUGCCCCCUCGAGCUGCCUCAGUGCCCGCUCCUCGUGGCCGGCACCAUGUCUGGUCUCGGGUCAGGUCCGGGCUGGUACUGCUCGAUCAGGGAUUGAAAACCUUUAGGAUUUUAUGGCUUUUUGUUUGAAUUAUCUAGAAAGGAGAAGAAAACAAGGCUUUGUAAUACGAUCCAUACACUGCUUGUCAUCGCUUGCUCACUUUAGGCUUCUUCCAGCACGAGUCCUGGCUGAUGGGGCUGUGUGUUAGUUGCACAGGAGGUGGGCCAGAUGGCCUUUAAAGGGCCUUUCCCACUCACACAAUUCCACGAUUCUACAGUUCUUGAGGAUGUGAAGGGUGGCACACGGUCAGUUGAAGUCCUCUGCAUGGCAGUCUGCAGUCUGCAGGCGUCAGCCUUCCAACGCACUCCCUUACAGUUGCAAUAAGUGAUGAAGUUACUGUAAAUAUCUUUGCUUGAUCUCAUCCUCUUCAUUGAAUAAUCUGCCUGUAGCCCAGGUUCAGGCUAAUUUUAAAUUUCUCAGUGGGCAAGAAGCCUACUCCUUCCUUCCCCGCCUUCACACCUAGCUGUCAAUCUGCAGGAGUGAAUUCAGGCCUUUUCUACCAGCUCUCGUACCUGUCCCUCUAGUUCUGGCAAGUCAGACGUGGUUCAACAAAACUUCAGAGCAAGGAAUUCCAAAAGGAGAGUUAUCUUAGUGCUACAUCUGUGACCAUGUGGUCAGGACACCCUCAGUCCUGUAUUGUCUCACUGAUGUUGACCAUGGGGAAUUACCACUGUCUCUGUCCUUUUAUGAGCUACUGAAACAAGAGAGUGGAAUGCAUUUGAGAGUUUAUGUUAAAGGUACUAUGCACAAAGAGAUAAUUUGGGUAGAAUAUUAAUACUUUGCAGGUACUGCUGCACCAGUAAAUAAGCUCCUUGCAAAGAUAUUCCCAUGAUAGGAAGUGUCACCAACACCUGUGGCUGAAGGCUGAAUCUUUUUCCUGCUGUAUGAGUCUCCACAGUUUUCAUAAGCUCUCUGUGAUCUUUCCCAGAUGUUCUUUUUGCAUGUCAGAAGCCUCACUGCUGGGAGCGAAGUCAAACCACCAUGAAUCAGAAUGGAGUUUUAUAGAAUGGUGUCAUUGGUUCUUCUCAUGAAAUUUAGUGAGUGUAACAGAAAGACAAAUUGCAAGAACUUUUUGUUGCAAUUUCUCUUCUCGUGAGCUCCUUGGAAAUUGGUGGGCCUUUUUCAAUUAAGAGAGUACAAACGUGAGUCCAUUGUGUGAGAAUGGGAUCAGAACGAGUGAGCAAUCUCAUAAAGCACAGGAAUGUUUGAAGGAGGUUGUGCUGGGUGACAGCAGCUAAUGCACUGGAAGUCAGUGGAAAUACUCCCAGCGUAGCUCCAGGCUGUUUGUUGCAGCCCCAGAUUAUACUUCAGCAAAGUGUUGGAAGCACAGAAUGACAUUCUUCAAAUCUUUUCUCUGCAGGUGCUGUUGAGUAAUGCUCUUUGUUUGUUUACGGGGAGAACUAAGAGUAGGCCAUGGAGAUUUCAUAGGAAGGCUGUAAAUGAUUCACCAAGAUGUUUGCAAAAGCAACAAGGAAUUUUGUGAGAGAAACGGACAGUGGAGGUGACUUGAUCCCUGUUUCCCAUUUGAACGCCUCAGACAAGCUGCAGCUUCUGAGCUUAGUUACAAAGAGGAAGAAAUUCUGGUGCUGGCAGAAGCCCAAGUAUCAUUUCUUGGCAGUCUCGUUGAGUGAUGUGCUUACUGAAGACAAACCUAUAAAACCAGUAAUCGUGGAAUCUGACUUUGCAAAAUACAUGGGGAAAUUUGAAGAUGUUGUCCAAGGAAGUAUUGAAACUUCAUUUGGAAAGAUCAGCCUGGGAGCUGGAGCAAAGGGCUGUGUGGAAAGCCAGUCCUCCUUUGGGAACCUGAGGAAACAAGAGGUUGACUUGCAGCAGCUUAUGAAAGACGUCAAGGACAGAAUGAUAAAUUUAAAUAGUAGUUUACUGCAACAAGUAAUAGAACGAAAGCGUGAAGUACUGUGCAUCUUGAGGGAGAAGAUAAUAACAACACAAAGGUGUACAAUAUCUGAACAUAUCCAGACAGAAGAAAAAGUCAGCGGUCUGCUGGGAUGCAGUACGAAGAUAGUGCAGGUUUCAGUGAGUGACAGUGGAAGUAUGAUGAAGGAUUCCAGCGUGAUUCUCGAGAUUCCUCCUGCAACCACUAUUGCCUAUGGUGUAAUUGAACUGUUUAUAAAGUGUGAUGGGCAGUUUGAAUUCUGUCUGCUAGAUGAACAGCAAGGAGGUUUUGAAAGAGAAAGCUCAGAAGGUUCGACGUCACCCCACUCAGUGCUGUUCAGAGAUACUUCGUUCCUGUAUCACCCAGAUGCUGUUGAUAAUGGGAUGCACUCUGGGGCUGAAAGCCCCAUUCCCAGCCACGCUUCUUUAAGUGUGUUGAAAGAAGGUCUGUCACAGCUGAAGGCUCAGUUCCAACCCUUUGUGAAGCUGCCAGAAGACAAGCAAAGAGCUUUAUAUAAAAGUCUGUGCGAACUCCUGCUGCAUGAAGAAACAUUAACUGCCCUGGAAGAUGUGUUAGAUGCUCUGUGUGCAGGAGACAAGCCAGACCUGAAGGAGUUAAAACCUGCACAGCAGCAGGACCUGGCUGACUUCCUCCAGCUGGUGGGGUGCAGUGUACAGGAUGAGCUAUUGUUGCAGAAUUAUCAGCUUCAAGAUGAAGAACUGCUCUCAGCUGUUCACCUCCUCAUCAGUGCUAUCUCUGAGCUGUCUGAUUACACUCUUGUCCUGCUGCGUGCCUGCUCUGAUCUACAGGUUGUUCCGGCAUUGUGUUGCUUGCCUUACAUCGCUUCAGCUGAUGGCACCUUGGCACUGAGCAGUCCUUUGGUGGCAACUCUCACUGACACAGGAAGAUUUGAUGUCGUGCAAAGGCUUUUUGCUUCAACGAACAUUAAUUUGGAGAAGACAGAGUCUUCUGUAAAAGCUGUAACUAUGAGAGAACCCAGAUUCUUCCCACUUGUUCUUUAUGUUGCGCUUUGCGGGCUUCACAGUUUGAGUGGGGCUGUAGAGGAGCUUUUCUGAGCACUUACUGCCCUCCCUGUCCUUCCUUGUGUAGCUCUGCAGUGUAGCGCUGAUGCUUGUGAGCAUGUGAGAGCCCUGGGGUUGAGUUCUCAGAGCACUGAAGCCAGGUGGCACAGGGCAGCACAGGCAAGGAGUGAGCACACUGCUGCUCUGCAGCUCCACUAAGGUUUGUCUGCAGUGGAAAAUACAUAAAUAAGUAAAUAAGGGAUGCAGGGGAAGAAGGGAAAAAAAAGAUGAGCCUGGAAGAGAAAUUGAACAUAGCUAUUCUGAUAGUUGUCAGAACUGCAGAGCAGUGGAAGCCUGAUUGCUUGCAUUAAUAUGUGUGGGAGAAAACUGCAAAGUACAAACUGCUUUUUGUAAGCAAGCGAGCAAAAAGGCUGUGGAAAUGUAGCAUUGUGCAAUGCAGUACGUGCUUUGCUCACUCAAGACCUGACGUGCAGAAUACCUUCACUCUGGAGGACGUGAAGUGGAGGGCACUUCAUUAGGUUUUUCUUCAUUAAGUGUAGUUUGGCUUUAUGGAUGUGAGCUGCACACUGCAGGAAAUAAUGAACUCUUUUUUCUUUUUUUCCAAAACUGAGACCACCUUAGGGAUUUCUACCUCUUUUCCAAUAAGUUUUUACUAAGCUUAGCAAGUUUCAGCUGCUUACAUUGUAUUUUGAACUUUCUCUUUGAGAUACGGUGAUGCCUUCUGGUAUGUGCAUAGCAGAAGUCCUUGCUGCACUCCACAAAGCAGUCAUUUUACCCAUGUGACGCUGUCAGUGUUCUGCUUGUCUUUCACUAACAGCAGAGCUCUAUAGCACAGUUAAUGUAAAGCACUUUGUGCUUUGAACUGUUCUGCCUUUUUUUGAUCAUAAUUUUCUGUGAUCAUGGAAAUGGGACAGAAGUGCAGGAGAGAUCACUGUAAAUGCAGGAAGCUGUUCCAAUGAAGCAGGCUCUUGGUGCUUUUAGCCAGCACUGAGGGAUGGUUGACAGUUAGGCACCUGGAAGGAGAGGUGCUCAGACUGAGGUGGUGGUGUUUCAGUGUCUCAUUUGUAAUGUGAGUGUGAAGUGAAGCUGAUAGUUUUGGCCCAACGCUGCACUGGUGCGUACAGAAAUGCCCUGAGAGCACCUUACCCUGCUUGUGUGAGUUGUGUGUCUGUACAUGGGAAGGUUUGCUUUUGCCAACUGCUCGUAAGCAAGUUGCCUCUGUAAUUGUUUUAUCAGAAUUUUGUAUUUAAUGGAUGUAUUUCAUGGAUGUCAGGACAGUAGAAUAAUUUUAAAAGUCAAUUUGCGUGAUUUCCAUUCAUCCUUUUUCUGAUUCCAGUCCUUUUCUUGGCUUUGAAAGUUGGUGCGUGCAGACAGCAAGAUGUGUGUGACUCCAUGUAGUGCUGCUGUCCACGUACCCUGAUUUUACUCUUGUUGUAAGCCUUGUAUGUGCUGCACUUAACUGCUUUCAGGGUUGGUGGCCUGUACUGAACAUGUAUGAGGGGAUUUGUUUGCAUAGGAAAAAGACCCCCAGGUAUUCUAUAGAAACUGUUACAAAAAAAGGCAUUGGUUGCACACGGCAGCCACCAGGCGUGGGUCUGCCCUCUUAUGUGCUCUCUGUCCUUCUGAAAGUAGCAUCUUUCUGCACGUGAACAUUCAAAAUAGCUCAGGCUGGGGAUACAUAAAUCCAAAGAGGCAGCAGCAGCAAUGAGUCUCUCUCUAAGUUUUGUUCUGCCCUUCCCUAAGCUAAAUGAGGAGAGCCUCUUCAGGGACCCUGGCUGCACUGAUCCAAAUGAAUUCAGAUUCUACUCAGCGCAUCCUGGCUGAAGCAGUGAUUGCUUGUGACAGGCUGGCCUCGUACAGAAAGCGCUCCUUCAAGGUUAGCUGGGGUCUUGCCUAGAAAACAGAGGUGGUAAGAGGGCACUGGGGUCCUUCAGGAGAGGUUGGCGCUUUGUUUCACUCUGUCUCUCCCUUGUUGCUUCCUGAUACACUUGCCUUCUACAGAAGGAGGAAGACCCCUCAGCUUUGCAUUUCAGAAUCACAUCGGGAUAAGGGAAGGUGAGGUCAGCAGUUGCUUUUCAGUCUCUUUGAUUUAUUUUUUAUUUUUGUCUCCAGCAGCCUCAGCCUUGAUGUAACGAGUAAUGAGUGCUCACCUUGUGCUGCAGGCCUCAGCUGCCGGAGCUUUAUGUAUGCUGGUGAAUUACAAUGUGAACAUAGGAGACUGACACCCUUAAUAGGGUAGUGAUUAGAAAGUAAGCAGCCCCGCUUUGGCAGUGGUAUUUAUAGGAUGGUUGAAGAGGCCCAGAGUGCUCUGCAUAGGAUCCGGAAUGGGUGCAUUCAAAAGCCAAAAAGUCACAUUUCUGAACUGUGACCAACACCUUUCUUUCACAAGAGAAUCUCCAUCCUGUUUUCACCCCCUUGAAAUUAGUUUCAAAUGUUGAAUGCCAUUCAUUUCCCACCCUCCGAGCUGUAGCUGAAUCCCAGAGCUUAGCACAGGAGCACAGCCCUUCAAUCUGGAAGGAGGGCAGGGGAAUUCCACAGCACUGCUUGCCUUUUCUUCCUGGUAAGCCUUCACAGCCUGUGGAUAGCAUCUCUUAGCUACAAGUCACAGAAAAGACAAAAAAAAAUCCAACAAAAAAGAGUGUAGUUUUUCAAUAUUAAAUCUUUAUUAUAUACAAAAAUAUUUUGUUGGGAAUUAAGAGAAUUUCACAAUUUGUACAUUAAUAUUUUUACGCUUGGCUGUGUUUACUGUGAAAAUAUUAGCUGUGAAAAAGACAAAUGGGGGUUUUAGAAAACAAGUUACAAUUUAAAAAUGUCCUAUGUGGUAGCUGAUCAAUAGAAAGUCAGCCUGUUAUUGAGUCCCACCUCCUAGGCCUGCUCUAAAGCACUGUAUUCAAACAACAGUUAGCUGCUACUAAGUCAGCUUCAGUUUUGCACUAGAAAAUUUAUUUAAUAGUUAAGAUUGUUUUGUAGGAUAUUUUCAGCUAAUAGAAAGUGUUUCUUUACAGGAGAGCAGUUCUUCAACAUUUACAAGUUUUAAAUCCAGUUUAGUUUAAUAUUCUGUAGAAGGAAAAAAAAUAAUUCUUCAAAGCUUCCAAGAGGGAAAAACAGAUAUGAGAAUAAGCGAGGGAAAGAGAUGUACACUGACACUUUUAACACACAUUUAAAUCAAAACACUUAAACAAGGUUUGAUAGUUCUUAGCCCAGCUUGGGGUGAGAGGGUGCCAAAGUUUCUGCUUUAAAACCUAAGGAAGAGGUUCCUCCUUACUUCGGAGUACUCGUGUUACAUACAGGAGAUGCUUGCUGCAGGAGUCAGGGCCAGGGAAAGCUCAACAUGCAUUUUCAGUGGGGGAGAAAUCCCUUUCUGCAGCUCUCUCCAUAAGUAAUUGCACAAGAGGAACCAACACAAAUUGGUCAAAAAAACCCCAAAAAAACAGAAGAAAAACAACCCACAAGAAUUUUGCAGCCAAUGAUUUUGCUGCCAUUCCCAGAACUGUACAGAGCGGUGUCAUUAAUGCUGCUCUGCACGUCAUACAAGAUGUCAAAUGACUGACAAGUUACUGGGGCUGUAGGAAGAGCUCUACCAUACUCCAGGUGAGUGCUGCCUACCCAUGGAGUGCUGACUUGCAUCAGCUGUGAAGACAGCCGCACUUGUAGGGACAUGCAUUACCAUGGAGCUAAUGAAUAAAUGGGAGAAAAUGGUUCCAGGACUACUUUAACCCUAUUAUCAUUAUAGGCUGGUCCUAUUGCCCAUCCAACCUCUGCAUGAGCAGCAAAAGAAAAUCCAUACCCGACUACUAUGAGAAAAGGUUAAGAAUAUUGAGAACAAAAUUCACACUUACUUUAAAUGUACUGUAUCCUAUAAAAUAUAAAUAUUGCUGAAACUGUCCUUUAAAAAAGGAAGAAAAAAAAUCUGUUUGGAGGUAAAACUCCUCCACAGCCUUUACCAAGCUGGCAUUUUUAUGUAAGCAGGUAAAUUCCAGCUCCAGUACCAGUAAAUGAACAAAGAAUUCAGCAGUUUAUCGUGUCCGUUUGUGGAACAGUAUCCCACUGUGGUCCAAAAUGGCAAAUUCAAGUUAGCAAAUACUGUUUUAAAUACUUGCAGUAUAUUAAUCCUAAGUUCUAUUUAUCUAUUUCUAUAUAAGUCAGUGUGCAAGUACACUAAUACUAUUUGGAAGCCAAAGCUGCCUCUGAAAAUUUAUUAAUUUUACAUUUUUUUUUUAAUGCAAUACGAUUUUUUCUUUUGCAUCCUGUACAGGACUGCCAACAGCAAGUUCCACUGUUCUUAAGUACCAAUGCUUACGUUGACCACUGUGUCCUCUGAAGGAGGCAAGGUGAGAAUCCCAGACAGUUCACAUUAGAAAGAUUGUUAAAGAUGCGAAAACCAAAAAGGAUGGGGGAAAAAACAAAGAAACCAGGGCCAGAACCUCUCCACCUUCAAGCAUGACCGUCCAGCAGAGAAAUCAAAGUCCCUUUCACUGAAGAAAUCUUGUUAAUAGCCCAGGAGAGGUUUUCUGUAAGAACUACAGGGAUAUUUAAGGCAAGAGGUCUGGCAGACUAGAAGUCUCUUGUAUCCAGUAACCGCUAUCUAAACGCAGAUAAAUCAAUCUCUGAACACUUUUGCAGAAGAAGCAUUGUUAAACUUGGCAAUAACAACACAAUGCUUUAACCCUUCAGAAUUUGGGUGAGGCAAGAAACCCUGCAUGAAGCAAAUACUCAUAUUAGCAUGACAGAUGUGACAGACUUCCCCCUGUAAUUAGUGUUAAAACUGUACCUACAGGCACAAAAAGUGACUGGGCAACUACUGCAGCAGGCACUGUACAUGUUUUGAGAAUUGGCAUCUGCCUCCAAGUUCAGUCUGAAAGAUGAAGAUAGAUGAAGACUAGAUGGGAAGCCAAGGAAUAGGGAGAGAAGGUCGGGUUGGAUCAUGUUCACAGUAAUGGCUUGUGUAAAAACAUAACCCAGCUCUCCUGGUUUCCGGAGUUGUGUCUACUUGUCCUUCUCCACUGGUCCUUUGCAAACUUGGCUUCAAAGGGGCCCUAGCCUGGAAUUUUCUGUCUUUAAAAGUUAAAAGAAAACAUCCUAUUUAUUAUCUGAAUCAGUCUUAAAAAAAAAACAACCAUACAAACAAACCAUGGAACACUUCCUGAACGCUGAG